AGCCGUUUUGGCUUAAGCCGUUUUUAGCUCAGGAGUCUUGCCCGCAUCUGGCGAUUCCAGAGGCCCCUCCCCACACAGGGAAGUUCACGCCAUGGCUAUGAAGCUGGCGCUGCUCUCGGUGCUCACCAGCGGUGCCGCGGGUGUGGAGCUGGACAGCUCCAAUUGGGACGCGAUGACGGGUGGCAAGUCUGUGUUCGUCAAGUUCCUUGCCCCUUGGUGAGGCCACUGCAAGAACAUGAAGCCCGCCUGGGACAAGCUGAUGAAGGACUUCGAAGGGUCCACCACCUCGCUGGUCGCCGACGUCGACUGCACUGAGUCGGGGAAAGACUUGUGCGAGAAGCACGGGGUCGGUGGUUUCCCCACGAUCAAGUACGGCGACCCGGGCGACUUGAAGGACUACAACGGCGGCCGGGAUUACGCGGAGCUCAAGAAGUUCGCCGACGAGAACCUCGGCCCGACUUGCGGUCCAGACUACAUGGAGCUCUGCGACGCCAAAUCGAAGGACAAGAUCAACAAGUACAUGGCCAUGUCCACGGCGGAUCUCGAUGCCAAGAUCAAGAAGGCCAUCGAGGUGGUCGAGGUGGACAUACCGAUCAUGAACAAGGCCAUCUCGUACGCCAAGUCUAAGAGGUAAAGCAGGGCGCGCGCGCGUUCCGAGAACCAACAGUUUUGGGUUCCUGCAGUUUCGCAGCCUCGCCCCAUGGAAGGGGAGGGGAGGGAGGCAAGUCGCCGCCGGGAGAGGGGAGAGCGCGCACGUGAAGGGGCAGCGGGCGGGCGCAGGAGGGGCCGACGAGCCCCUGGCCUCAGCACCGCCGUCCCAGGCCGCCCUGCAGAAAAUCACGACGUCGGGGGUCUGAGAGAUAGGCGCGGACAACUCGGGGAUGGGCCAAGCCAGCCGCGGGCGCCCGACAUUUCUUUGCCCGCAGCCGAAGUGUGCCGGCCAGGCACGCUUCUGACCGACCAGCGUGGGCCUGCGAGUGACGCUGCCCGGCUCUGCGCCCUGCCGCGCGCGCGCGCCCGCGCGUGCGGCUGGCGCGGCUGGGCUCAGCCGACGGCCUCGACCGCGCCGGUUGGCUCCCGUGGGGCACAUCUUCCUCGGGCCCCGCGCGGCCGCACAAACUUUGCCGUGGCCGAUGUGCAGCGCGGCUCCGCGAGAGCAGAGAAAAACUUCACGGAA